AUGAGGGCGAUAUUAGUAAUUCUAAAUUCUUUCGCUGGAUUAGCUUUUAUGGACGCAGUUAAACAAGAGUUCAACACAUCCGGUAACUUGAGAAAAAUGAUUUAGAAAAAGGUUUACAUGAAAAUUAAAUUUUGAAGAGUCGGAAGGGUAUUCGAGCCGAUUGACAGCCUAUUUAUCGCACGUUUUUCCGUCAAGACUUGACGGUUCCAGUCUUUUGCCCUCAAACGACACAAAUACAACGUAAAUCCUUCCAAUUUUCAAUAAUUUUCCCCCAUUUUCCAAUUUUAACACAGAAAAAUGCGUUUUUACGCUGCGGAAUUCAAAAUUUUUACAACCAUCCUGAUUUAGUUGUGUGGUCUUCUCGCAGCAAUUCAAAAGAUUUUUUAAAAAAAUAACUUUUUAAGAAUUCAAGUUUUUUUGAGAACCCGAUAUUCUAAACUUUUAAAGACUAGAGAUACCUAAUUCUAAAAAAAACAAAAGAGAAAGCUACGUCUUUUUGAAAAUUUCAAGGAAUAUGUCCAAAAACGCUUUCUUUUCUUUAAACCUCUAAAUUUAAGAAAUUUUCUGGGAUCUCCAAGCUAUGGUCGUCUGCACCACGACGAGGCUCCACACAAUCCGAAAUAUUUUCCAUUUAUUCAAGAAGUUCUCAACCAACCAUUUCAUCAUUGCGUCUACGAUGAGAAAUUGUAAAUUUUUGUUUCAUUACUUUUUUCGAUACGAAAAAAAAAUCAGAUGCACAGGAAAAUCUGGCACGCAAAUAAAGCAGCAAUAUGUCGAGUUUGGAGCUCCAAUCAAGGUUUUUUCGUUUUUCAAACUUUUUUCCUGUUAUUUUUUAAACACCCCUCCCCCCCACAAAAAGCUUACGAAUGAACUAAAUUCAUUAUCCUACAGAUCGAAUGCUUUACUUGCGAAAAAGACCAUAUAAAAUCCCUCCAAACGGCUCAUUUGAUUCAAAAAAGGUUCAAUUUUACUCGAAUUUGAAAUUGAAAAAAUAAAUUCAAGAGACACAUUCUUCGAUAAGCCACUAGGUCUUCGAAAAGAGUCAUCAAAAGCGGCGGACGACACUCAAACGCCUCUUUAUUCGCAAGUUCUACACGAGGAAUAUGAUUCAAAUAGUAGCAAAUAUAGAGUUUUCGAGGCCCCCGGUUGGGUUUCCAUGAAACUUGGCUGAAAUGCACUUUAGAAGCCUCCUGAUUCCAGAGAAAAAAAAAAGAAUUUCUCAUAAUAGACCUGGUUUUCGAGUUAAGACUUUUCAAAAGCUAUAAACAGCGUUUUUUGUCUUAACUUGCGUAUUUUCCAACCCUUCAAGCUUCAUAAAUCGAAAACAAGAUCUAUUCCGAGAAAUUUUUUCUUUUGUUCUGGAUUUAGGUUUCACGAACUCCUAAGAGGCUCUGAAGUACGCUUUAGAAAAGUCUCAUCGAAAGUUCAACCAGUGGAUCUAGUACCAAAGCUUUAGAUUUCAAUGUAGCUGCGUCAGAAACUGCGGCCUUUUUCGGGCAAGUCACUAAAAGUCAUUUUUCAGACACCAACCAAAUUUUCGGGUUCAGUAGGACUGGGUCCUCUAUUGAAGUUAUUAGAAUGAAAAGAAUCAAGCAAUGAACAUUUGUUUAUAGUUUGCUCCGAGCAAAGAGCCUCCGAUUUAUGCGAAAGGGAUCACCGUUGGACAUUUGCAUGUGAUUUUUUUCCUGAAUUUUAAGGAGGUCUUCUCUAUUUUUUCAGCAGUUGGAUCAAAAUGUGACAAUAGAUAGCCGAAUCCUCACGAAUAUCGACGUUCUUUAUCGAGGUAAUGCCCAAUCGGUUCAGAACUUAUCAAAAUAUUAAGAUAUCCCGAAAUUUCAAGUCCUUUAUAAGCACUACGAAGACGUUAAUAUGAUCACUAUCGGUCUUGAAGAAGAAAAUAAGACGGAGAACUUGAAAGUGAGCAGGAAAAUGCAGGGAUUGACAAAUUGCGGAAUUUUAAGCUAAAAAUAUCUUGGAACGAAUGGUCUUGCUGUUCGGCGUGUUGCUGUCCGGAAUUAAUUUGUGGAAUCAUGGAAUCCGCUUCAAAUUGGUUAUUUUCUUGUCCUUUUUUUCGAAACCCCUUGCUGAAGUUUUUAAAGACGCAUAAACAAGCUUGAUAAAAUUUCCGAGGCGAAAAUCCCGCUUUCAAUCUUUUCGAGACUUCUCAAAUUUUUUAAAUUUUAGUUCUUCCUUGAAAUCGUACAAGUCACGAAUUGGCUACCUCUCUCUCUUCAAGCUCAACAAGAACUUGACGGUUAAAAAAAGUUUUCAACCUCAAAAUUUUGAGAAUUUCAGCUACAAAACAAAAAUCUGGACAAAUUGUUCAGCAUGAAGCCUUAUUCAACAGAUGGAGUUCCUGUAUUUUCCUCGCUUCUUCAGAGACAUUUUCCGACAGAGUUUGAUAUUAUUUUAAAAGUUAGUUGUAACUAUAUCCUGUUUAAAAUUCCUUGAACAUAUUUCAAAAAAAAAAAGCUUUCUGAAAAAAAACGGGGAUUCUUGAGCAGAUUUUAUGGAUAUUUUCGUGAUAGAAGCCGACAUUUAGACUAUGAUACCAGCAUAUAUGGAAAACUACGGUGGAAACUAUAUCAGCUACAGUGGAAUCGGGCAGUUUUUGGAGACAAAAGACUGCAAAAACGACUCGCAGAAGUUGGAUUGCACGAAAUUGACCGAAUGCCGAUUUGGGACCUCCUCCGUGAGUACUUCACAUGCUGGAAUAACUCUCCCAUCGGGAGCCCACGCUUCCACAGCAGCGUGGCGCAGUGGAAGCGUGCUGGGCCCAUAACCCAGAGGUCGGUGGAUCGAAACCACUCGCUGCUAGUUUUUUUUCUUCUUUGCUUGCUCUUUUUGACCUAAUUUUUUUGAAAUCAGAUGCUUGAUGGAUUUCGAGCCAAGCCGCCACCGGAUCCUGAACCGUGUUCAAAUGUUACGGUCGUUGUCAUUCGAGAAAUGUCGAUUGUUAUCAAGUAAAUUCCCCUUUAUCAUCAUAUUUUUGAAAGAAUAUUACCUAAACCAAAAUUAGAAACGAAUUUAUAUCAAGAAGACGCAGAACUACCAAAAAUUACACCUAUAAAGGCUUUUCACGUCGAAAUUUUCGAGAAAAUGGGCUAUACGCCUUUAGAAGCCCGAAUAAUUCAAUAUUUUCAGCCCUCCUGUCAAUGUGCUACAGCGCUACCAACUUGAUAUCGAAUCUGUUAAUUCAGCUGUUUUGCAAAAAGUUCAUUUUUUUUAACUUCAAUUUUUACAAUUAUCCACAUUUUUUAGAUCAAUUGGACGCACAACUAUGAGAAAAUUGCCAAAUAUAACACUUCUUUCAGUUGCGAUAAACAAAAGGACAAUUUCGUGAGUAUUUUCAAUAAAUUUAGACUCGAAAAAUUCUAGUUUCUUGACGAAAAUGGAGCAGAUUUACUGGCGCGACUUUCGAAAAAAGAACUCGAAAGAGGACAAAUCGUUAUAGCGGAAUUGGAAGGAUAUUUCAAAGUGGAAAUCGUUUUUCGAGAUUAUACUGAAAUUAGAAGGUUGCAAUCUUCAAUAUCAGGACUUUUAAAACAAAACUUUAGUGAAGCUGACUUGAAAUGGGUUAUUGGUGUCGCAAUUAUCAGUGCAGGUUUUUUUUUGAAAGUUGUCCUCUAAAAAAUUGUUUCAGGAGUCGUCAUUGCUCUAACUUUAGUCGUGGUUGCAAUCGUUGCAAGAAUCAAAGCAAAGCAAAACAGAAGACGGAUCGCCCAACUAAAUUGAUUUCUAAAAAUAAAAUAAAAUCGUUAUCAAUAAAUGUUCAAAUCCGCGUCAACUAUUUCUAUUUCUUAAAUGUGGCUGACACUCUUUUUUUGCAGCUUUUUUUGCGAUCAAAUGAUGUUUCAGCAUAUUAUAAUUAUCAAGAAACAAGUUUGUUCAAUUCUAAAGUAAUUAGAAAAAAAACUUGAGAUUUUUUUAGCUCCAAAAAGAUGUUGAGAGAUACUUUUUUUCAUGAGGAAAGCUCAAACUUUUUCUCACUUAUCAGUUUCCACCAAGAUCAGAUGGCACCGGACAGUUUUUUUUUUCAAAAGACGACAAUGCGGAGUUAGUAUCGAAAAUAUAAUCAGACAGACAUAUAAAAAAAAAGAAAAAAGAAGACCGAGCAGAAAAAGUAUCCAAUGUAACAAAGGCUUCAAAACGGAAUGAGUAAACUGUUUUCUGGUACGCUAGUUAACAAAUAAAUUCAUCGUAAGACAAGUUACGUUUAUCCAUUGAACAAAUUAUAAGAGAAACACGAAAAAAAUGUUUAAAAAAAUUUAAAAAAAUUAAAUCCAAGAAAUUUCAGUAGAGCGCAUAUAUUCUUUUUUUCGCAAUUCAAGCUCCCAUGAGCUUUUCUAUUCAGUUUUUUAAAACCUUUUUACAACCUUUUUUACUAAUUUUUUCAAGUUAUAACUUGAUACUAAGCUUAUAGAAAGAGAUGCUCAGACUAAAUGGUCUGAUAGGAAAAUGACACCUAUCGAACGUCGAAAAAUUGAUUCGAAGGUUUUGAAUCUGAAUCUUUGGGUGGGUUGGUAUGCUGAAUUUUUUAAAAUUGAUGAUUUUUCCAUGAAAUUCAUUAUUUUUCUUUCAUGCUUCUAGAUCGUCUUUAUUUUUCUCAAGCAUUUUCAUUUUAAGAAAACUGUUCACUUCUCGUACCGAUGUUCGGAGAGACGAUUUCAAACUCGUUUCUGAAGAAGCUCCACCAGGAAUGGAGUUUGGGUACACGGUUCGCCACAAGCUUCCUUUUCAUCUUGCAAAUCCUGCGACUCAUCUUCUUUUUUUCAAUGAAAGAACGUGGGUUUAGACUUCAAUUAUAUUUGUAAAUCUUAAAGAAGAUAUGUGAAAAAAAAAGUUCAAAAAAUCUUUUUUUCCAGAUGCAACGCGAAAAAUAAUUACCGCGUGAGUUUUUUCGGUGUUCAGAAGCUCGUCGAAGCCGGAUUGCCUUAUCAGGUUAGUCAGAAAAAGGAAGAGUUUAAGUCUAUUUCUGAAUUCUCAUUGUCUAUCCGGAUAGGUGAUUAAAUAACAUAGAAUAAUUCUAUAUACAUCUUGGAGCGGAGAGCCGUUUUUCUUUUAUAUAAUAUUAGGUGAUUACAGAUUUCUUCGUUUUUAAAAACAUGAAUUUUUACUCUUCAUCUUUAGGUGAAAUGCGAAGCUUGUUUGGCCGGUUUCCAGGGGUUUCCUACGUAUUUUUACGUCUUUCCAGAAAGGUUUGAAUUUUCUUAAGCUUGAACAGUUCAGAAAAAAAAUUGAGCUUUUUUUAGGUUUUUCGAUGUCAUUGAUGUUUGAAAAAAUUAUUGAAUUUAGACGAAGCUUUAGAAUUUUGAAAGAAAAAAACCUUAAAUUUUUUUCCUAAAAUUUUUUUCUAAACUCUAUAAACUAUAUUUUCGCAAGUCUUUCUUGGUAUCAGAACUGAAAUUUUACAAUUGAAAAUUUUCAAAAAUAAAGUGAAGACAUUUAUUAUUGUCUUUUUCCUACUAUAGAGACGUCUUCCUACCGUAUAAAAAUCUUCUAUUUGAAAAUCGCGUCGAGAGUGGAGACCGUCUUUAUUGCAAAAAUAAUGAUUGCAAGAAAACUCCACGUAUUUCACCACUGUUGGCGUCACUUUUCAGCGGAACAGAAGCUAUUUUGAGUCGGUUUUAUUUUUGAUGUUUUGAAUAAUUCCAAAAAAUGUGAAAAAAAAGAUUCCUCUCAUCGAUUCUCUCGUGUUUUUUUUUGCUGUUUUCCUGAUUUUAUAAGCUUACCGCUGAGAGAAAAGAGAGCGCAGGCAAGUCAGACAGUCUCAAUCCUCUGUUUAUAGGCUAUAGUCGAUUCACGGUUAACUUGGGACGAAAAGGGGCGUGGCCUGUCUGCGCUCUCUAUCCACCAGGCAUUAUCUCGUGUUUAUUCGUGUCAGGACCUUUUUUCGAUGGCUCGAGCUAGCUGAUUCAUGAUAUUAUUUGAAUUCUAGAAGAUACCAUUGCAACCCAAUAUUUCGGCCGUUGGACUGGCGAACAGGCCUCAACGGAAUCCGACAGGAUUUUCCAAGGAAAACCUGAUGGCGAAUUUUAUGUCAUUAUUUUUCCCUGGAUUUUUACAAAAUAAUCAAUUUUUUAAAGAUUGAACCCAUGUGGUACAACUAUGCGAGAAGUCAAGACGUCAAUGCAACGGACAAAUAUUCGCCGUUUGGGGUGAAGGGACUGUCUUUAAUGUGUGCUGUGGUGGGUUUUCAUAUAAUAAUUAUGAUUAAAUUGAAAAAGUUUCAUAUUGUCCGAAAAAUAAUAAUAUAUUACAAAUUGGAAGUUUAUCUUCUCAUUUUUUUAACCUCUUUUGAUGGUUUCUAAUCAGAAAGUCCACAGAAGAAAAAAAUAAUUUUUUUAGAUUUUUGUCUAAUGAAAGGAGAAUACUUUUUCUCUUAAAUCGAAAAACUUCGAAUGAAACAGUAAAAAAACAUAUUUUUCCAUGGCUUUGUAUUUGGUGGUAUGAAAAAAAGACCAGCGAAAAUUCAAACGGCGACUUUUCCGAUUUUUUCAUAUCGCUAGUGAACUUUCCGACGGCCAUCUUUCCGAAGAAUCGCUUUCCGACUUUUUUCCCUUAUGUUUUUCGGUUUAUAAAACAUCUGUUAACAUUUUUUUUUUCUAUUCAUUCGUGUUUUAAUCAUGAACCAACUACCUACUUUAAAUAGGAAGCUUUAAAACGAAGAUUUGAUCGAGAAAUAAAGUCGGAAAAGGAUUCGUCGGAAAGGUGGCCGUCGGAAAGUUCCCUUUAGCGUUUAGCGAUAUGAAAAAAUCGGAAAAGUCGCCGUUUGAAUUUUCGUUGGUGUUUUUUUCAUACCGCCUUGUAUUUGUCGCCGAAUUUAUUGCAUAACUGGGUUACGCGAACCGUACAGGAUCUAACUGAUUUUUUUCGUGAGGAUUUCCAGUAAUCACUUAAGGUGUAGCUAAAUGGAACUCUAGAAAUUCUGAAGCAAUCACAAAAAAAAAUUUUGAACUCUAAAAUAUCAACUGCAGUUUAUUCAGAACUGACUUGAAAAAAUAUUAAUUGAAAAAAAUGGGCGAGAAGAAGAAUUUGCACUUUUUUUCAAAUAUUCAUUUGAAUUUACAAAUAAUUAAAUACGAAAUUUCAAAUAAUAAUAAUUUUUUUCUUGUGAAUUAACUUGCAACUUUUGUCGAAAAAUUAACAGGGAAUACAGUGUUUUUAGUCUAAAUCUGUAGAUAUUGAUAGUUCUCGGCAAAAUUCGAAAUUUAUCAAAUCCUGAAAAAUCGUUUACUUUAGAGUUAUUGCACAGUUUCAGCGUGUCAAAUUUUUUCAUGUGAAAAUUUAUCAUUGUUAAAUAAAUACCCCCUUUUUUAAGUUGAAUCUUAGGAAAUCGAUGGUGAAAUACGACCGUCAAAUGUUAUAAUCAACGUUGAUUCAAUUGGAAAACCGCAUCCUGGUACCUUUUUCCGUAAAAGGAAUCUUUCAAUUUUAUUUUUUGAGAUCGUCGAAAUUCAAUGGAUUUGUUCAAGUAUGGGCACUAUGAAAAGUGGUCUUCCGGUUCGGAAAAAUUGGAAAAGAAUGAUGGAAUCAAUUUGAAGGUUUUCUGAAGAGGGUGAUUAUAUAGUCUGUUGCGAUUUUAAAAGUCAAGCAACAAACUCCGCCCCCAACAACGCUCUGUAGAUGACCCGCUCUCUGAUUGGUUUGAUCUACGCAUAAGGGGCGAAGUUUGAACGGUGAUUGACAUCCAAGAUCUGAGCAGACUAUAGUAGAUUCACGGCUAGCUUGGGACACAGUAAGGCGUGGCCUGUCUGCGCUCUCCACCGACCAGGCGCUAUCUCGUGCAUUAUCGUGCCAGGACCAUUUUUUCGAUGGCUCAAGUCAGCCUUGAAUCGGUUAUAUGGCGAGUUCCGCGCGAACUUGUUACACGUCAAAAAAAAAAAAGAAAAACCACAACACAUGGAGCUUUUUUGCGCUCUUCGCUUCAAGACCUGCAAAUUUUUGAGCCUUGGCCCAAAAACAGGUACUCUAAAUGUAAAGAGUGUUUUGGUUAGAAGAAAAAAGUGGCGAAGGAAAAUUUGGCGCGGAAGGUGUUAUACAUUUUUAGAUUGAAUGACUUAUGACUUGGAAGAACUUGAUCUUCAGUGUUUUAUCAAUUGGGAACCUUGGUCCUGCUGCUCCGCUUGUUGUUGUCCAGCUUCCCUGUGUGGCGUCAGGGAAACCGCUUCAACUUGGUUUUGGAAAUUUUGAUAUUAUGUUGAAGAUUUGAAGUUUCAAUUUUUUGUUUUCGUACAGUCGGGUUUUAUAAGCUAGGCCGAAAAGCCGUCGAGACAAGUUGAAAUUGCCGUUUCUUUAGAUUUUUUAAAGUUUCAUGAUGACAAAAUGAACCAAUAAUCAUAAAACAUUCUUCUUAUAAAAAAAUGCGGCGUUUUUCCUCUAAUGAAUAAUGAUAAUUCCCACUGAAAAUGGCACUUCAAUGAUAUUUUUUUCUAAUUAUUGAGUUUUUUUAAAAUUAGCUCUAAAAUUUUUUUCAAAGUCGAGUUUUUAAUGAAUCUCUCAGAUUAAAAAAAGUUCAGUUCCGCCGUCCUUUCGAGUAAAUCAAGGAGAGGUUUUUUGUCGAUUCGAAAGAUUGAUCCAGACAAAAAGGUUCUUUUUUAAAGAUUCAGAGUACUUUUAGGCUUUUUUAGGUGAUGCUGAAGAAAAAUUCGCAAAACAUUGAAAAUCUUCUUGGCGUUCCCCCUUACAGGUUAUUUUUGUUAGGAGACGGGUUCUAAAAAUUUUUGGACUUCUUUUUUUCAUAGUUAAUAAAAAAAUUUUUUUAAAGAGUUUGUAAAAUUCAGUCCGUGUUUUAUCUAUGGACUAAAUAUUUUUUUCUGAAAAUCCAAAACAUUUAAUUUAGCCUUUCCGGAAUCGCCGUCUAUUCUACGUUGCUCAAUCAAGCCAAUUUCUCGUCGGAGUAUCCUGAAUUGCAGGUUAAAAUGAUUUUUCAUUUGAGAAUAAAUCAAGAAAAAUGAAAUUUGAAUGAAAAUCGAGCUGGAAAAAACUAGAAAAAAUUUUUUUCAUAUGUUUUUCUUUCGAAUGAGUACGACUUAAUUUUCUGAAAAUUCGAGAAUUUACUGAUUUUUCUAGCAAUCUGACGAUUCCAGCAUGUUUUCACAAGAAAAAAAACUUCAGAAGCUGAUCAAGGAUUUCGCCAAACACGCCCUAUCGCUAAGCUACAAAAUUGGAUCCGGCGUUUUUCUCGAGACGAAAUCUUGUAAAGGAGAUCCAGAAGUUGAAGAUUGUUGGCUCUGGGCCAAAUGCCAUGGAAUCGAUCUGGUCAUUUUUCGAAUAUUUCUUUUGAACUUUUUUUCUUGACAAAAGUUUUCUCGAAGGAUUAUGAUGUUGGCAUUUUUCUCUAUCGAUUAGUAUAAAGUAGAAAAAAAUAAACGCGGAAGUCCUGUUCAAAUACUUAGGGAUGCCAGAGUGGUCCCUAUAGGGUUUUAGGAUAUGACCCUUAUGCCCCUUAAGUUCAAGUGGUCCCUACAGGGCCUUUCAAAUUAUUCUUCAGGUUUAAAAAUGAAUAAACUCGACCAUAUUAUCCUCUGAGGAUAUUUUUCCUUUAAGUAAGGCUGAUAUGUCGAGUUUUCCGCAUGGAAGAGCUUAUUCUCAGAGAGUUGAAAACAAUUAUCGAUUAGCGCGUCCCCUAUAUGGGCCUUUUUUAAAAACAUCAGUGGCCCCUAUGGGGGUUAGUAAAGUGGUUCCUAGAGGGGAACCUUCAAGUCAGGUUGCCCCUACAUGGACCACUUUGGAGUAGUCCGUCUUUUUUUUUUAGGGUGGCAGAGAAACGGUAAAUAUGGCGGUAGACCCCUGCAAUGACGUCACUUUUCGAGAUAUUCUCGUUGGAUUCGAAUCGAUAAAAAUCAAGUGGGUUUAUGGUACAAUUUAAAGAUCAUUAAGCGAAGGUAAAAUGAAAGCGCACGAUUAUGUAAUACUUAUUGAUUCAAAAAUUCUUUCUUUUCAACUCACCACGAAAUGUUUUUGCAGCGCGGUCAGAGGCGAAAAUUUCCGCAUCCGACUUGAUCCGGCUUUACAUGACCUUGAUAAAACCAAGGUGAAUAACUGAAGAAAGUUGUUUUUUAUUUUGUUGGUAUUCUCAGAGAUUUCUAUUCAUUACUACUAUGCUUACGAAAAAAAUAAAAAUAAAAAUGAAAGUUCAGUUAUUCUUUUUCGUACAAGGUUGCAUGGAAACAUACAGGGACAUACUUUUGAGGUUACUCCUUAGGAGUUUAAAGUCAAUACUUUUUCCUGAGGUUCUAAUUAGUUCAAAUUCUGUAGAAAUCACCAUCCUGACUAGGUGAAGAGCCCGACUCACCAGAUUUUAAGGUUCUCCUUUCUAAGAACGUGAAGCUUAAAUUUUUUAGUUUUCGACAUAGAUUUCCAAAAAUCGUGCUCUCAAGCUUAAUUUCCGUGAAAAUUGGAAUUGUUAUUCUUAUUCCCUAACUUUUGAAAUUUUGGCAAGUUUUUUUUUUUCUUGCUCUCGGACUCCAAAAGUCCUUCACUUGCCCACAUCCACUCGGCUAGAGCUCUUACCUAUUAAUUAACGGAUUUUUUGAAAGAUAAACUGGCGAGUAAACCUGCGCAAGCCAAGAAAAUACGACCUCGGGAAGAAUUGCGAUAUUCAAGGAAUCGUUUUGAGACCUGACCUCAACGAAGUGAUCGUCACGUCGAUCACGCCGCUCAUGAUGAAACAGUUUGGAUUUUGAAGAAUUUAGAAAUUUUCUCUUUUUGAAAUGAAAACCUGAAAUUCUUUUUUAAAUUAUGCAUCUAAAUAGAAAUAGAAAAAACCUUGGUAGCUUGAGAAAAUGAAUUUUUUUUUUUUGAGUGGAGGAAGAUUUUGGUGAUUUUAGACUUCUCCUCUCUUCAUAAAGAUUAGCUUGGCAACUCUAGAGUGGUCUCUGUAGAAGCAGCCAUAGGGGCCCUUGAAGGUCCCCCCUAUAGAGGCUACUUAAGCCAGACCACAAGCCUCUCUGGAGGCCACCUAUACUUUGCUCCUGUAGGGAACCCUUUUUGUCCCCCAUAAAGUUGUUUUUUACCCUAACGUCUAAAGGGAAAACUCUGACGUUUAUUGAAGGGGAUUUUUUUUAAUAAUUCACCUGUUACCUUAUCACAAUUUUUUGAACGAAAUUUUUUAAAAUUUUUACUUUGCACAGUCUAAAAAAGGCCAACUUUUUCAGACGAAUCGAUAUACUUUUAAGCAACAAACGCCUGGUUCAAGUCACCUUUUUCGAUGUUCUGUGAGUUGAAAAUGAGUUUUUUUGAACACUUCUCAUCUUAUUGUUUUCCAGGACUCCUGACAAAACGGAAGCCGUUUUCACGACCGUCAUCAUAUGGGGGUUUGUGAUCGCAGGUUAUUUCUUUUUAGGAAAAUUAAAAGAAAAAAAGUUUUCCAGCGUUUCUCGUGUUUCUUGUAAUCUUUGUAUGGGUCAUGCACAAGGAGAAAAUGCGAAGAAUUGAAACUGUGAUCCAAAAUAAGGUGGGGUCAUUUUGAGGCCGACUUUUAUUUAGUUGGUCGCACUUGGAAUGGCUCAACGCGUUGCGGUUACAAGUAAGCUGCUGCGCCCGACCAAGAAACGGCUUGCGCGGCUCUUUAGCCUAUUCAAGCUUCAACUUGAACAGCAGCGCGACUGCGACGCAUUGA